AUGUCCACUACCGUCGAAACUCCGGUGAAGAUCCCCGAGCCUGCAUCCCAAGCACCCAAAGGCAUGCGGAAAAAUGGGAAAAACUGGCACGACAACAAAACCCCCUUCCGCCCCACAGCAGGGCAAACCAGCUUCGCCAAACGCCUCGAAGAGCGCAAAGCCCGCGAAGCCAUGAAGGAAAGGGAGAAGGAGAUGAAAGAUGAGAAGGAAGCGGAACGACAGAGACGGAUUCAAGUCAUUAGGGAUCGCCGGGCUGCCAAAGAGGAAAAGUUGCGGUAUGAGAAGAUGGCGGAGAAAAUGCAUAGGAAACGGGUUGAGCGGCUCAAGCGCAGGGAGAAGAGAAAUAAGUUGCUCAAUUCGUGA